UAUGAAUGUGAUGUUUGCAGGAGAAGAUUUGCAAAUGGUAGCAAUUUAUUGCGUCAUAAAAGAACACAUACUAGGCCUUAUGAAUGUAAUGUUUGCAAGAAAAGAUUUUCCAAGUCACACUGUUUAGCUAGCCAUAAAACAACACAUGCUGGGGAUAAACCUUUUGAACGUGAUGUCAAGAAACAAUUUUCCAUUUCAGGAGACAUGAAAAAGCAUAGACGAACACACUCUGGAAACAGAACUUAUGAUUGCAAUGUUUGCAGGAAAAGAUUUGCAAAUGGAAGCAAUUUAUUGCGUCAUCAAAGAACCCAUAGUGAAGACAAGCCUGUAGAAUGUGAUGUUUGUAGCAAAACGUUUUCCAGUUUUGAAGCUAUAAAGAAGCAUAAAACAACGCACGCUGGAGACAAACGUUAUGAAUGUGAUGUUUGCAGAAGACGAUUUACAGAUCCAAGCAAUUUGGCACGUCAUAAAAAGACACAUACUAAGCCUUACGAAUGUGAUGUUUGCAGGAAAAGCUUUUCUCAACGAAACCACUUAGUUAUACAUGCAAGAAUACAUACACCUGGGGAUCAACCUUUUGAAUGUGAUGUUUGCAAGAAAGGUUUCAAAAAUGGAAGCAAUUUCACACGUCAUAAACAAACGCACACCAAACCAUACAAAUGUGGUGUCUGCAAGAAAAGAUUUUCACGUUUGGGUUAUUUGAAUAGCCAUAAAAGAACACAUACCGGAGAAAAGCCCUUUGAAUGUGAUGUUUGCAAGAAAAGGUUUUUUACCUCAGUAUCUAUGAAAAAGCAUAAGGGUUUGCACACUGGAAAUAAACCUUAUGGAUGUGAUAUUUGCAGAAAAAGAUUUGCAGAUCGAAGCAAUUUAGUGCGUCAUAAAAGAGUACACACCAAGCCCUAUAAAUGUGAUGUCUGCAAUAAGAAGUUUUCACAAUCAAGCGACUUGGUAAAACAUGGAAACAUACAUACUGCAGGCAAACCUGAUAAAUUUGUUGUUUGUAAGAAAGAAAUUUUGAAAUCAAAAGCUGUCAAGAAGAAUAAAGGAACACAUACAAAAAUCAAAACUUAUGAAUGUGAUGUUUGCAAGAGUAGAUUUUCCAAUUUAGAAGCUAUGAAGCAGCAUCAAAGGACACAUAUGGAAAACAAGUCAUAUGAAUGUGAUGCUUGUGAAAAAAGAUUUACAACUUCAAGCAAUUUAGUGCGUCAUAAAAGAGUACAUACCAAGCCCUAUAAAUGUGAUGUUUGCAAUAAAAGGUUUUCACAAUCAAUCUACUUGCUAAAACAUAGAAACAUACAUACUGCAGGCAAACCUGAUAAAUUUGUUGCUUGUAAGAAAGGAAUUUUCAACUCAAAAGCUGUCAAGAAGAAUAAAGGAACACAUACUGAAAACAAAACUUAUGAAUGUGAUGUUUGCAAGAGUAGAUUUUCCAAUAUAGAAGCUAUGAAUCAGCAUGAAAGAACACAUAUGGAAAACAAGUCUUAUGAAUGUGAUGCUUGUGAAAAAAGAUUUACAACUUCAAGCAAUUUAGUGCGUCAUAAAAGAGUACAUACCAAGAAGUAUAAAGGAUCACACACUGAGAAGAAAACUUAUCAAUGUGAAGUUUGCAAGAGUAGAUAUUCCAGUUUUGAAGCUAUGAAGCAGCACGAAAAUACGCAUACGGAACACAAAAGUUAUGAGUGUGAUAUUUGCAAGAGUAGAUUUUCCUGCUUAGAAGCCAUGAAACAACACGAGAGAACUCACACUGAAAAACAACUUCAUGAAUGUGAUGUGUGCAAGAGUAGGUUUUCUAGUUUUGAAGCCCUAAAGCAGCAUGAAACAACUCACACUGAAAACCAAAUUCAUGAAUAUGAUGUUUGCAGAAGAAGAUUUACUGAUUCAUGCAACUUAUUUGAUCAUAAAAUAACACAUGCUAAACCAUAUGAAUGUGAUGUUUGCAAAGUGCGAUUUGUGCAUGAACAACAUCUUAUUGCACACCAGACUUCACAUAUUGAAGAUGCCCCAAUUUUGUGUAAGACAUGUGGAGGGAAAAUACCUAGAUCACAAGAAAUGCAAGAUAACAUUGAUGUGCUAUCCAAAUUGGGACAACUAAAAGCAAAUUGUAGUGAAAAUGAUAUGUCCUUUCAAUGUGAUUUUUGCCAAGAAAUAGAAUCAAGUGAACCUUCUGGUAUUGGAUAUGUUUGUUCUCUUUGUGGUUGUGGGUUUGGAAAUCUCAAAAAACUUGAAGAUCAUAUCGUUGCUCAUAAUGUGAUACCUGAAUAAGGUGCAUACUGCAUUUUAUACCAAGAAAGUGUUAAUGCUGUAAUGUAUGGAUUUGGUUUUGUUAUGUUCAAACAAUCUUCAGGCAGUGUUUUGGUAUCGUAGUAUACCACAUUGAUCAGUUCAUUAUCGUCAAUCUAGAUAUGGUCUGGAAGUUUGGCCAAACCGUUAUUAGGCUAUCUUUUUGUUAAUGUUUAUAAAUGAAGCAAUCAUCCAAUCGCAUCAUCUGAUUCAUCUCGUCGAGGGAUGCAGUCGUACCGUUGAAAUAUUUGUAAGCAAAGACGUGUCACUGUACAAAAUCGUAUCAUAUGUGCUUUUAGGUUUGCCAAGUGACCAGACCAUAUAUCUAUAGGCCAAUUUACACGACAAGCGUUUUGGGAUUGGCACCCCUAAUAGCAGGCACCCAUGCCCAGACGUCCACUUCACCACAUACCCGUUUACACGACAAUUUUGACAAGCUAUACUUUUAUGAUGGGCACCCACACUUCUGGAAUAUGCCCCCCAUUUUCAUCUGACUACGGCAAAAAAUUGGAACCUGUUUUUAUGCAAGAGCAUGUGUACAGUUCAGAUACGACUGACAGAAAUGAACUGAGUUAACAAGAAGACGAAAAAUUAUGUACAGUUGUACAUAAUUAUGUCUAAAAAGUGGUUAUUUAAUGUUCAGAGUGAUAAAUUGUGGAUAAAUUGUUUAAUGUAACUAGACACGUAAUUUUAUACUGACCUUUACUAUGAACGAAUUACGCAUGCUCGAUAUAGAUUACUUUUGGAAUUUGUUCACAAUGUGAGCACGUCACCGCUAGCUAGACAUGCCGAGACUACCUCGUCAGCAAGUCUCGCCACCUUCAAUCUUUGAGCACUGAUGCCAAUAUUUGUCGCGUUUACACGACGAAAGUCGGCGGUGACGUGCCUAUUUUUAGGGGUUCCGUGCCGAAAAGACUUUUCGUGUAAAUUGGUCUUACCUGCAUGAAGUACCAUAUCUUUACUAUGGAAUACGUAAGCGGGAAAUCCAUCAGCAUGUUUACAUCUGUUACUAUAUAUACAUCUUAUUUACAGCAUUAAUAUAUAUAAGGAUAAAGAAACUCUUUUGCUUCGCGAUACUGUAAAGAUCUCUGAUCAACAAAAACGACGAGCUUGCUUCCAAUGGAACAUUUUUAAAAAGGACUCCUGUGACCGUGUAACAUGACAUUCAGCGUUCUUAUUUUUAUUAGCUAUGAAUAUUUCGUGUGAUUUACAUUGCUUUAGCUUUAUAGUAAUUGUUGUUCUUAUAGAGUUGAUGUUUUAUAUUGAUAUUUUAAUGGGAUGGAUUAUAAUUCAUAUUUUUGUAUCUGUUAUAGUCAAUAGCGUGGUCUUUUCCUACUGUUUCCAAUAAAAAAUAGUAUAGUAUUUUCCCUUGAUUUCACUAUUGUCUAUUGAAAAAAUGCAAUAACCAAUCCGACUAGCCGAUCCGUUAGUGAAAGAAUACUGAGACUCUACUGUUUAAUUUUACCCCGAU